CCCUUCACACUCACGCGUGUUCGCGGAUUAGGAAAAUCCCUACCUCUCCCUUCGUGCACCCCUCCCCCUUUCUCUCUCCUCUAGGGUUUUCCUUUCCCCCCCUUUUCGCAACUUUUUACUCUAAAACCAUGAUGCAACAACCAUCAUCCGGCGUUAUCCCGCCGUCGAUGCAACCACCACUCGAUCCAAAUCAGCAACAACCACCGCCUCAGUACGGACAACCACAACAGCCGUGGAUGAUGCCACCUCAGCCUCAACAACCAUCCUACGCGCCUCAGAUGUGGCCUCCGCAGACUCAGCAGCAGCCUGGUCUACCUCCUCCUCAGGUUCCUCAGCCACAGGUUCAACCGUACCCUAUGGCUGCUGCUGCGGCGGCACCUACGAGCCCCGACGAAAUUCGGUCGCUUUGGAUCGGUGAUUUGCAGUAUUGGAUGGAUGAGAAUUAUGUCUUCACCUGCUUCGCUGCUUCUGGAGAGGUUUUAUCCGUGAAAGUUAUUCGCAACAAGCAAACCAAUCUCUCAGAAGGUUAUGGAUUUGUAGAAUUUGUUAAUCGCGCCGCAGCUGAAAGGACAUUAACUACAUACAAUGGUACAUUGAUGCCACAAACUGAGCAGCCUUUCAGACUUAAUUGGGCAAGUCUUGGAGCUGGUCAGAGGAAGCAAGAUGACUCAGCAGACUAUACAGUUUUUGUUGGUGAUCUCGCCGCAGAUGUUUCAGAUGUUAUGCUUCAGGAUGCAUUUCGUACUCAUUAUUCUUCUGUUAAGGGAGCAAAGGUUAUCACUGAUCAUGUUACUGGACGUUCUAAAGGGUAUGGGUUUGUGAGGUUUGCGGAUGAGGGUGAGCAACAACGCGCCAUGACUGAAAUGAACGGAGUUGUCUUAUCAACUAGGCCCAUGAGGACUGGACCAGCUGCGAAUAAAAAACCUGCCGGUGUUCAGCAGCAGAAAGCUUCUUAUCCAACUACACAGGGAAACCCAGGCGAAAAUGAUCCAAAUAACACAACUAUAUUUGUUGGAGGUCUGGAUCCCAAUGUUACAGAUGACCAGUUAAGACAAGUGUUUAGCUCAUAUGGUGAAUUAGUUCAUGUGAAAAUACCAGUGGGCAAGGGUUGUGGUUUUGUUCAGUUUGGUACCAGAGCUGCUGCAGAACAAGCAUUAGCAGCACUGAAUGGAGCUCAAAUAGGAUCGCAGAGUGUUAGACUUUCAUGGGGUCGUAGUCCAUCAGCUAAACAGGUUCAACCUGGUCAGGGCCAGUGGAAUGGAGCAUAUGGAGGAUAUGGGUAUCCUCAGGGAGGUUAUGAUGCCUAUGGAUAUGCGGCAGGAGCGGCUCCUCAGGAUCCUAACAUGUAUUAUGCAAAUUACGCUGCUGCUGGGUAUGGAAAUUACCAGCAACCACAACAGUGAUAUCUUGAUACUGGAGUUCAGGAAGACAGCGAUGGACAAGAGAUUUGGUAGAUGAACUUUUCCUGGGAUCCAUGUGUAUUUUAUAUCCCCCUCCCCCGUCCUAGGAGUUCCCUUUUUUUCACCCUUUCUUGGAACCCCUGAGAUAUCUUCCUUUAUGCCGGUGGAUAUAAAUUUCCGACUCUAGUGGUUCCGCUAGCUUGAUGCGAGUUAGUUGCAUACCCCAUCUUCUGGAUAUUUAAACUAUUUUGAUUUAUGAUUCUGAAUGGCUGAUUCAUGCUUGACAAUGCAUUUUAAUAUAUUUUUCUUGUAA